UCGCCGCUGGCUGUACCGGUUGCGUAAGCCGGAGGACUUUGGGCCGCGCUCCGCCGCGGAACCGCCAUCUCCGUCCUUGCCCGCGGUUGCGCCGCGCCAUGGCUGCCUCAAGCGCCGUCCCUCUUCUCCUCCGGGCCGCGGCCGCCUCCUGCCACCGGCUUCUUUCUGCUUCCCGCGUCGCUGCCAAUCGAAGUCCGAGCCGGUUCUUCCACGCUUCAGCCCCAGCUCGGCUCAGCUCAGAAGAUAAAGUUACUGUGCACUUUAUAACCCGUGAUGGAGAUAAACUAACAGCGCAGGGAAAAGUUGGAGACUCGCUUUUGGAUGUUGUGGUUGAUAACAAUCUUGACAUAGAUGGAUUUGGUGCAUGUGAAGGAACACUUGCUUGCUCUACCUGUCACUUAAUCUUUGAAGAUCACAUAUUUGAAAAACUAGAUGCAAUUACUGAUGAGGAAUUGGACAUGCUGGACCUUGCCUAUGGAUUGACAGAAACGUCUCGAUUGGGUUGCCAGAUCUGCUUGCAGAAAUCUAUGAACAAUAUGGUUGUCCGAGUGCCAGAAACCGUUGCUGAUGUCAGGCAAUCUAUAGACAUUGGCAAGAACCCUUAACAAAUUAGGAUGUCUUUUUGAUAACCAAACUAUUUUUAUAAUUUAUUUCCGUAUGUUUAAUGACAAGGAAAAAAUACCAUAAUUUUAAGACUGUAUUAGAUGGUCAAGUUUAAUUUUCUUUAUCAAAGUCAACCCUUUAUUGUUAUGAUUCUGAAAUGGGAGAAUAGUUAGCAAUGAACUGUGUAAUGUUACACAACAGUUUUUCUCAUAGAAAAAUACUUUCUUUUGUCUUGUAUUUUAAAUUACAAAUGUUUUCUUACUGCUGAAGUAGUGAAUCUUUUUGAAAAAUAGUUCUUUUUAAGUUCUAAGCACUACAUAUGUAGUGUUAGUAUACUACAUACUAAGCUUGAGAUGGAUGGAAGCAAAGUCUUCUUUCUAAAAUUAAAGCUUAAUUUAACAAAGCACUGAAAGCAGGUUUAACCAGAGUGAGUGUAGUCUCUUAGCUGUAAAGAUGGAGAUAGUUUCAAAAAUAUUGUUUAUGACUUUGAUGAGCUCCGUUGGAGUCUCAUGAGAUCUGAGAGUUUGGAGUCAUUCCUAUAAUGGGAUAGUAUGACUCCCUUCUCCAGUUUUACUAUUCCAAGUGCCCUUGGUUUGAUGCUGAAAACAUAUGUCAGUGGCCUCACUGUACAGUUAUGUCUCAGCCGAUGUCUUGAUUAGGCAGUCGCCUCCAUAUAACGAUACAAGCAAGUCUUCCCACAAAUUAAGUCCUCUAAAAUGAAAGCCCUUUGAAAGUGACCGUUUGGUGUGUAACCAAAUUAAGCAGUGUGAGCUGUUGUGAUCUAUAGUACUUGAGUAUGCAUAGCCAUGUGCUGUAUUAUAGCCAAAUGGUAGAUAUAUUUUAUUAAGCCUCCACAUUUUCUGUUAUUAAGAAUAACAAUUGAACUACAUAUAUAGUUUAAAAUUACUUUGGGCAUUUUGUAACACACAUCAAUUUGGAUUUUUAAAAAUGUUUUGCUAUAUGCAAUGGUUGCCUUAUUCCCAUUUGUAAAAUGCAACCAGUUGCUGCAGUUGCUUUGUGUCUGCCUUCUAACUCUGGACUUUCACCAUCAAUGCUACAGGGAACAGGGUUGGGGUCCUUAAAAAUAUUACAUUCAAAUAUAUGCUAAUUAGUCCAUCUGCUUUCCCCCCUCCACAUCUAGCUAACUGUAGUAAAAAUGGGGCAUUUUAACAGCACUCAAUACUUACUACUCCUUGCAAUAGCAAGGUUGAUGGGCCAUUGCCUAUCAGUAAGGCAGUGCAAAGGGAGCGUCCACAGGCAAGGCCUGAGUUUCUUCAGACUUGAGGGACUUCCCUAUACAGAAAGACAUUUUUCUAAAAGAUGCCCCCCAUAGCUGGAUGAAGACUGAAAUUUCCCAUUGCCCUCUUGCAGUCAUAGAGCUCUUAGAGACGGAAGUGGGGAGGAGAGGAAAUUGGCACGUUCCAGCCUCUGAUAGUAUCCUGGUGAGGUGCUGAUCCCUCUGCCUGACUCUUCCAUAUAUACCUCAUAGGGAGGGAGAGGUAAUAGAUAAAAGCACCAGUGUGGGUAGUGGUUAGCUAGUCAGACUCGGGGAGGUCUGGGUUUAUAAUUCCCGCUCUGCUGUGAAACUCUCCCUACUUGCUAUACCUCACAGGGUGGUCGUAAAGAUAAACCAGAAGAAAAGAACCACAUAUGCCUCUCUGAGCUCCUUGGAGAAAGGAUAGAAUUUUUAGAAAGCAUAGAGAAGCAGUGUCCUUUUCUUCACACUGGGCCUGUUGACUUUGGGGCGAGAUGAAGGCCCAAACCCCAGCAUUUAGCACCAAGGCUCAUUUUGAGGGGGAAUGUGCAGGAAUGCAGUUCCUGCAGUUCCCCAAAGAGGUCACAUGUCAGAUGGGCCCCGCCCACCUGACUCCUGGCCAUUUGGUCCCAUUUUGGCCUGGAUUGGGGCCGAAACAGCCCGGAUCCUGACCAUUUUGGGCCCCUUUUCGGCCAUUUUCAGCCCCUUUUUGCCAUUUUGGGCCCAAUUUUGGCCCUGAAUGGCCAGGAUUGGCUCCAAAACAGCCAGGAUAGGUGAUGUCAGGGAGUGUGGCAUAUGCAAAUCAGUUAUACUAAUGACACAUUUCCAGUGAUGUCAAGGGGCAUGACAUAUGCUAAUAAGUUAUGCUAAUGAGCGUCUCUAGCUCUUUUUCUACGAAAUGACCCCUGUUCAGCACUAUCUGCCCAUUCUGCCACCAUUUAGACUGCUUGAAUUUAGGACUAGGAGAGCAAGAAAUCUACUUGUCUAUCCUAAGAACUGUUAUGCUGCUCAUGUGUCUAAAUUCCCAAUUAGCUUCUUCCCUCUUUCCAGCGUAGAUUCCUUCCAGGCCCUCAUCUUCUUGCUAAACUUGGGGAUACCCAAUUCUUUCUAGACUUUUUGAUAACUUGAUUUGUUUCACAUAACGAUUAAAUUUCCCUUAAGCUGUCAUGAAAUCUGUACUUCCAGGACUGAUCUGUUGGAUGCUUCUUGAAGCCUUGCUUUGUGGCUGUCAACUUGUGCAGCCCGUUGCCGUUCUGUUUGGGGCUUUUGCCUUUCAUCUUGUGUGAGGACAUUUAUUUUUUUAUUGACUAUUGUCCUGUAUGAAAGGAUACAGUUAUCAGUUCGUUGGCUGUGCUCCAAGGUAUAGAAAAUUAAACAAGCUGAAGGAAGAUCUUUAAGAAAUUGUCCAUAAGAGUUCACUGCCAAGUUCCAUUCCUUCACUGAUCUGUGAGGCCUAUACGAUCACAUACUGAAAGAAAGCAAUUGUUUUAUCCUACUCUCCCUUAUUUCGUAUAUAUUUCAUAUAUAUUAAAAUACUUGAUUUUACUUCAAAGCAGUGUGUACAGGUCCGUUGCAUGUUGCUUCAUUUCCUGAGUUUUUUGAACCUGAAUCCUAUUGAUGUCAUAUUAAAUAUCAGUGGACACAGCAAGUCAUGAUUUGGUGAUGGAUUUUAGCAUAGAUACUUUAUAGUGAAGUCGUCCUGGACUUCCUUUAAAAAAAAAGUUGUUUUUUGAACUUAACACAGAAAGAAUAAGUUUCGUGUAAACCAGGGAAGUAAACACCUUUUUUUGCAGGGGGGGGGGGGGGAUCUGAAGAAGGCAGCUCUGAUUCUUGAAAGCUUAUACCCUGAAAAUCUUGUUGGUCUCUAAGGCGUCACUGGACUCAAAUCCUACUUUUUUCUCUAGUUCAAUAGCUGUCCUGUAAAUGUUGGUGAUUAAUCUACACAAGGAAAUCCACAAGAUGUAUAUAUUUCUCAUUGUUAAACAAAUUGGCAAAUAAAUCCUUUAUAUUUUUUUCUGA